GUACAUCAAAAACUGGCCGGUACGGCCUUUCCUAUUUGAGUUCAGUUUUAACGUUUCUCAAAAACCUCCCACUGAUUAAAAAUUUAAAACAACACACAAAUAAAAUACGAAUGAAUUUGUUGCGGUAAUCAAAUAUAACCGAACUAGACAAACGAUAAUUAAUACACUCAACACUGACGCGAAAGAAAAAAGUAUACUCUCAGAUUCUCAGUUUUUUCUAUGCUCAAAAAAAACUCGUUUCUCUUAUAAAUGCGAUACUUUAACCUCUAUAGGGAUAACAGAUGUAGGUACGUAGGUAGCGUUGGUAGAAUUUGAAAGUGCAGAAGAAAACCAUGAGGGAUUUCAUGACAAAACAUUCGGUAUUCUAUUUGCAGAAAGAAGUUUGGCAAGACAUCGAGGAAUACAAAGAAGAUUUCGAACAAGUGAUUAAGUUGAGAGAGAAAUGUAGGAUACCUUUUCAUCACCAAUCACCACAGUUUUGUUACAGACAGCACUUAGUCGAAUACUUGAAAAGAGUAUGUAUAGAGAAAAAACUGAGUCACUGCACCCUACAUUUGGCAGUUUAUUUGUUGGACAUUUUCAUGGACAACCACUCCAUCAUACCCGAAAGAAUCCUAUUGGCUGCCAAUGUGUGCCUUCUCAUAGCUGCCAAAUUCGAAGAAAACUAUCUAAUCCUACCAAAAAUCGCCGAACUAAACGCCGCAAUUCACAAUCGCUACGAAGUGAGACAGUACAAAGUGAUGGAGUUGAUUAUUUUGAAAUUCUUUGAUUGGUACAUCAUGUUCCCAACAGCUGCACAUUAUACGCACUACUAUUUGCAAGCUGUGCUGACGCCCUCCGAGGUCAAAGAAAAGCAGGAAAGUCGAAGGACACUUUUUUAUAAUAUCCAUGAUUGUAUUACAGAGUAUUUAGAUCAGAUUAUUGAUAAUAUUCAUUAUAUGCAAUGUUAUCCUCCCUCAAAAUUAGCGGCAGCCAUAAUUGCAGCUAGUAGAAUGCAAAUUGGUCUAACAAUGUGGACAGAUCAACUUGAGGAUAUGACACAUUAUGUCAAAGAAGAUAUAGAGAGCUUGGCUUUGCAACUAAAGACAGCCUUUAUCAACUGCGAGAAAUGUAUAAAAAACUAAAUAUUUCAAAACCUCCCUCUAAUGUAGCAUUUACAUUUUUCAUGAGAAGUCGUCAUUAUUAUCGUAUUUUUGCAAAUUAAUUUGCAAUUUAGAAGGACGUUUUUUAUUUUCGCACUUCUAUUAAAUCAAAGUGAGAUCAGAACCUCAUCAACGUACUUGUGUAUUAUUAUUGAUUGGAAUAUAUAUUUUGGUUAUAGUC